AUGAUUACUUCAAAAUUAUUCCACUCCUUAUUAACUAAAGAUCCACUUGAUACUUAUGAAGAUUCAGAAAAAUAUACAAAAGAUUGGUUACCUAAAGUUGAAAAAUAUAGACAAGAUUUACAAAAUGCCAUUCCAAAAGAUUUAACUGUUGAGUUACCGAAACCAAUUGAUGAAUUAAUUAGUGAACAAUUUAAUGCAGUUGAUUAUUUAUAUUCUGCUAAAUUAUUAUCACCAAAAGAAUUCGAAAUUACAGAUACUCCAGCUUAUAAAUUAGUUGAAAAAAUGUCAAAAGGUGAAUUAACUGCUGUUGAAGUAUUUAAAGCUUUUGCACAUAGAGCUAUCAUUGCCCAACAGUUUACAAAUUGUGCCAUGGAUAUAUUUAUCGACGAAGGUUUAAAACAAGCUGAAGAAAGAGAUGCUUGUUUCAAAGAAAAUGGUAAAUUAGUUGGUCCUUUACAUGGUAUCCCAAUUUCCCUUAAAGAACAAAUGAAUUAUAGAAACAAAAUCACUCAUGGUGGUUAUGUAUCAAUGCUUGAUCAUAUUCCAGAAGAACAUGGUACUACAAAUCAAGUUUUAGAAAAUCUUGGUGCUGUAUUUUAUAUCAGAACUACUCAACCUCAAACUUUAAUGCAUUUAGAUUCAAAUAAUAACUUUACUGGACUUACCAAAUGUCCGUUCAAUUUAUUAUUAUCUUCUGGUGGAUCAUCAUCUGGUGAAGGUGCAAUUACAGCUUUUGGUGGUUCUGCAAUUGGUGUUGGAUCCGAUAUUGGUGGUUCAAUUAGAGCACCAGCAGCAUAUUCAGGAAGUCAUGGUUUUAGACCAACAACUCGUAGAAUUGCUGGUUCUGGUGGUAUUUCCAGUGGUGCUGGACAAGAAUCAGUACCUGCUGUAUUAGGACCAUUAGGUAGAUCAAUUGAUGAUAUCGAAUAUUGGAUGAAAAGUUAUAUAAAUGAAGGUAAACCAUGGGAAUUAGAUGCUUGGUCAUUGCCAAUGAAAUGGAGAGAUGUUGAAAAACCAAAUCCAAAAGAUUUAACAAUUGGAGUUACUUAUGAUGAUGGUUUAGUUAGAGUUACUCCACCAAUAAGAAGGGCACUUAAUGAAGUAGUUGAAAAAUUGAUAGCUGCAGGUGUUAAAGUUGUUGAAUUUACUCCACCUAAAGCAAAAUUAGCGUUUGAAACAGUUAAUAAAAUGUAUACCUGUGAUGGUAAUUAUAUGCAACGUAAGUUUUUAGCAGAUUCAGGUGAACCAUUGACAAAAUUAACUAAAUGGAAUUUGAAUUAUGGUGAUGGUGCAAAACAUUACACUGUAAAGGAGAAUAGAGAAUUGAAUGUGAUUAGGGAUAAUUUAAGAACAGAAUAUACUAAAUUCUUAGUUAAGAAUAAAAUUGAUUUUAUAAUUAGUCCAACUUAUAGUAAUGUUGCUCCUCAUUCCGAAGAAGUUUAUAAUUGGUCAUACACUGCAUUAUAUAAUAUUUUAGAUUUCCCAACUUUAGCUUUCCAAACUGGUGUUUUCCAAGAUCCAAAUGUUGAUAAAUGGACUGAAGAAGAUUUAAAAUACAAAUUUAGAUCAGAUUUAGAAAAAUUGGAAAAUGAAAAUUAUAAACCAGAUGAAUUUAUUGGUGCUCCAGUUGGUUUACAAUUAACUGGUAGAAGAUAUUUUGAUGAAGAAGUUAUUGCUGCUGGUAAAUUGAUUGUUAAUGAUAUACUUAAAGUAGAUUUAUACAAACAUUAA